CAAGGUGACGGUGAUUUUGAAAAUUGUCAAAAUGGUCGUUUUAACUUCGAAAGAGACGAAACCUUCAGUAGCUGAUUUCUAUGCGGGAAAAUCUGUUUUUAUUACUGGUGGUACUGGAUUUCUUGGGAAGGUAUUCAUAGAAAAACUUCUGUAUAGCUGUCCAGAUAUCGGCAAUAUUUACAUGCUCAUACGAGAGAAGAAAGGGCUAUCGGUUAGCGAGAGGAUUAAACAUUUUCUUGACGAUCCGCUCUUUACCAGACUAAAAGAGAAAAGACCAGCAGACUUAGAGAAGAUAGUAUUGAUACCUGGCGAUAUUACUGCUCCUGACCUUGGUAUUACUUCUGAAAAUGAAAAGAUGCUUAUAGAGAAGGUAUCAGUGAUUAUUCACUCGGCUGCUACAGUGAAGUUUAAUGAGCCUCUCCCGACUGCGUGGAAGAUCAACGUGGAGGGAACUAGGAUGAUGCUGGCUUUGAGUCGAAGGAUGAAGCGGAUUGAGGUAUUCAUACACAUAUCAACUGCAUACACGAACACAAACAGAGAAGUGGUUGACGAGAUCCUGUACCCAGCUCCCGCUGACAUCAACCAAGUUCAUCAGUUUGUCAAAGACGGGAUUUCUGAGGAAGACACUGAGAAAAUACUGAAUGGUCGUCCAAAUACAUACACGUUCACAAAGGCUUUGACUGAGCAUCUGGUUGCUGAAAACCAAGCCUACGUACCUACUAUAAUUGUGAGGCCUUCAGUCGUGGCAGCAAUAAAAGAUGAGCCAAUAAAGGGUUGGCUAGGCAACUGGUAUGGAGCUACUGGUCUCACAGUCUUCACGGCUAAGGGUCUCAACCGAGUUAUAUAUGGACACUCUAGCAAUAUUGUAGACUUGAUACCAGUGGAUUAUGUUGCUAAUCUGGUGAUCGCUGCUGGGGCUAAGACUAGCAAGUCAACUGAGCUGAAGGUAUACAACUGCUGCAGCAGUGCCUGCAAUCCCAUCACAAUUGGCAAACUGAUGAGCAUGUUCGCCGAGGAUGCUAUCAAACAGAAGUCUUAUGCUAUGCCCUUACCCGGAUGGUACAUUUUCACAAAAUACAAAUGGCUGGUGCUUCUACUGACAAUACUAUUUCAAGUAAUACCGGCGUAUAUCACAGAUCUUUACAGGCACAUGAUUGGGAAGAAUCCACGAUACAUUAAACUCCAAUCCCUAGUAAAUCAAACGCGAUCUUCAAUCGACUUCUUCACGAGCCACUCCUGGGUGAUGAAGGCAGACAGAGUAAGAGAGCUUUUUGCCUCUCUUUCCCCCGCAGACAAGUACCUGUUCCCCUGUGACCCUACGGACAUUAACUGGACACAUUAUGUACAAGACUACUGUUGGGGAGUCCGACAUUUUUUGGAAAAGAAAACUACGAAUUUUAAAAUUAUUUUUAUAAUGAGUUUUGUAAAAGUAUUGAACUUACGUUUAUUCAUUAGUAAUUGUGUAGUAUGUAAAAAUGUGACAGUUAAAAACUCUCGAAGAUAUUCCAGUAUCUACGGUGGAAAAUCAAAGGAUGCAAACUACCAGUCAGUCGGAGACUUCUAUGCCGGGAAAUCUGUAUUUGUGACUGGAGGUACCGGGUUUUUAGGAAAGGUAUAUCUUGAGAAGCUACUGUAUUCAUGCAAAAGGCUAGAUAAAGUCUACCUCCUAGUGAGAGAGAAGAAAGGUGCCAAUGUUACCCAAAGGUUAGAAGAGUUGUUUGCAAACCCGGUAUUCAAAAGACUGAAAGCUAGUAAUCCUGAAUCUAUUAAGAAGGUGGUGCCAAUUAUUGGUGAUGUAACUUUACCAAACUUGGGAUUGAACCAAAAAGAUGAGGAGACUUUGGUCGAUAAGGUUUCAGUAGUAUACCACGCGGCAGCUACCGUAAAGUUCAACGAACCGCUGCAAGUGGCUAUGAACAUCAACUUCGAAGGCACGCAGAAGAUUCUCGAAUUGAGCAAGCGUAUGAAAAAUAUUGAGGCCUUCAUCUACAUAUCAACAGCAUUUACGAAUACCUCACGGAAGGUGCUUUUGGAGACAGUUUACCCGCCUCCAGCUAAAGUGGAUGAUGUGUACAAGUUCAUUGAAGAGUAUGGUCAUGAUGCACAGGAGACGAAGAAGUUUUUGGAUGAACAGCCAUCGACCUACACAUUCACAAAGUCGUUGUCAGAAGCCUAUGUCGCCAAGAACCACGGCGAUGUACCCACCGUCAUCAUCAGGCCUUCUGUUGUGUCAUCAGCAAAAGAUGAGCCUCUAAAAGGCUGGUUGGACAACUGGUAUGGAGGUACAGCCUUAGUACAAAAUGCUGGAAGGGGAUGGAACCGGUUCGCGCUUGGCAACUACGAUGCACCUCUAGACUUGAUCCCUGUGGAUUAUGUGUCUAAUAUGAGUGUUAUUGCUGCCGCUAGAGCUAAAAAGUCCAGUGACGUACAAGUUUACAACUGUACCUCUAGCGCUGAAAAUCCUAUCAUAUGGAGUGAUGUCCACAAGUAUUUCAAUGGAGAAAUGAUUGCGCGGGGUAAAAAUGAAAUACCCUACCCACAUGUGAUUUAUUUAAAAUCGAAACCACUCAUGAAUAUUUGCACCUUUAUCUUUCAAACGACUCCUGCGCAAAUCGCUGAUUUGUGGCUGAAAAUUACUGGUCAGGAACCUAAAUACACAGAAACUCUAUCAAAGGUCCUCAAAGUACGAGACGGUUACGAGUUCUUUACCGCCAACUCCUGGGUGAUGAAGGCGGAGCGAGCGAGGGAACUGUACUCCUCACUGUCCCCCGAGGACAGGGAGGAAUUCCCCUGUGACGUCACACAGAUUGUGUGGUCGGAGUAUAUGAGGGACUACUGUAGGGGCAUCUUGAAAUAUAUUACUCCAAAGACAAAUGGUAAAUAGGUGUAAUAAUUUGUAAUAGUUG